AUGGAAAAGGGUUUCUUCAAGAUUUUCAAUCCUGAAACCAGUGCAAAACGAAUGAAAAUUCCCACAGGUCAUACAAACUACAAGAAUGGAAAGUUACCUAGGAAUGUUUUUCUUAGGGAUCGGUUUAAUAAUAUAUGGCCUAUGGGAGUGACCAGAAUAGGAAGAGAUUUGUAUUUUCAAUAUGGAUGGGAGAAAUUUAUUGAGGACAACACUCUAGAGUUUGGAGACUUUAUAAUAUUUGAUUAUGAUGGAAAUGAAACAUUUGACUUCAAAUUACUUGGACUAACUGGAUGUGUAAAAGAAGGAGCUAAAUGUGAAAAGAAAGAGAAAGUGAAUGUUGAACAUCGAAAGCGUGUAGAGCUAAAAGAAAAGAAUAGGACUAGAGAUAAUAAUGAUAGUUCAUUUGAUGAUGAUAAUACUGAUAAUUACAUGAUAGAAGAAGAAGAUAACGAUAAAGUAGAGGUGGAAAAGGAAGAGAAAAAAGAUGAUGAUGAGGAGGGGGCGGAGAAAGAAAUUGAGGAGGAAGAGGAUGAAACUGAGGAGGAAGAAGAUGAAGAAGAGAAUGGAACGACUAACACAUUCAAGAAAAAGAGGUCAGGUUCAAAAGCCAUUACUUGCAAGGUCAGGAAUACGUUUGACCGAUAUGGUGCAGAUAUAUUCAAAAGUGGACGCGCAACUCAGCCAAAAAAUCCUUACUUUGUAGCAAAGAUACUACCAAAAAGGAGAAAUCAACUGUAUGUUCCAAUUGAUGUGGUGAGAGACUACAAACUUGAACUCCCUCCAAGUAUGACUAUUCGCGACUCUGCUGGCAGAGAAUUUGAGACAAGAGUCAAUAAUUGGAAAGACGGCAGAAUAUGGCUGAUGGGCGGAUGGCGCAGUAUAUGUAGGUGGAACCUAGUGGAGGAAAAUGACAAGUGUAUCUGUGAAUUUGUGAGAGGAAAAUGUGGUAAAAUCUUGUUCUUACAAGUUCAAGUUCUCCGUGAAGGAUCAAAUUUACCAUAG